UUCUGCCUUCCGGGUGCGAGGAUAAGCUAACUGGGCAGAGCCGCGGCCGCAGAGCCCGGGCGCAGUCGGAGCGGACGGGUUCCGACGCCAGCGCGAUGUGGCUGUUGCUGCUGCCGCUGGCUGCGCUGCUGCUGGCCGUCCUCGGCAAAGUUUGCAAGGGGUUGUUCUCCGGCAGCUCCCCGAACCCCUUCUCCGAGGAUGUCAAGCGGCCACCCGCGCCCCUGGUGACCGACAAGGAGGCCAGGAAGAAGGUUCUCAAGCAAGCUUUCUCAGCCAGCCGAGUGCCAGAGAAGCUGGAUGUGGUGGUGAUAGGCAGUGGCUUUGGGGGCCUGGCGGCAGCUGCGAUCCUGACCAAAGCUGGCAAGCGAGUUCUGGUGCUGGAACAACAUACCAAGGCGGGAGGCUGUUGUCAUACCUUUGGACAGGAUGGCCUUGAAUUUGACACGGGAAUCCAUUAUAUCGGGCGCAUGCAGGAGGGCAGCUUUGGCCGUUUUAUCUUGGACCAGAUCACUGAGGGGCAGUUGGACUGGGCUCCCACGGCCUCUCCCUUUGACAUCAUGGUACUAGAAGGGCCCAAUGGCCGAAAGGAGUUUCCCAUGUACAGUGGGGAGAAAGCCUACAUACAGGGCCUCAAGGAGAAGUUUCCCCAGGAAGAAGCUGCCAUCGACAAGUAUAUAAGGCUGGUUAAGGUGGUAUCCAGAGGAGUCAUUCAUGCCAUCUUGUUGAAGAUCCUCCCGCUGCCCAUGGUUCAGGCCCUCAACAAGUAUGGGCUGCUCACCCGUUUCUCUUCGUUCCUCCAUGCAUCCACCCAGAGCCUGGCCGAGGUCCUGCGGGAGCUGCCAGCCUCCCCGGAGCUCCAGGCCGUGCUCAGCUACAUCUUCCCCACUUAUGGUGUGACCGCCAGCCACACCACCUUUGCCAUGCAUGCUCUGCUGGUUGACCACUACAUAAAAGGGGCCUUUUAUCCCCGAGGGGGUUCCAGUGAAAUCGCUUUCCACACCAUCCCUGUGAUUCAGCGGGCCGGGGGUGCUGUCUUGACGAGGGCCCCUGUGCAGAGCAUCUUGCUGGACUCAGCUGGGAAAGCCUGCGGUGUCACUGUGAAGGAGGGUCAGGAGCUGGUGAACAUCUAUUGCCCCAUCGUGAUCUCCAACGCAGGAUUAUUCAAUACCUAUGAGUACUUGUUGCCAGAGAAGGCCCGCUGUCUGCCAGGUGUGAAGCGGCAGCUGGGGAUGGUGCGGCCCGGCCUGAGCGUGUUCUCUGUCUUCAUCUGCCUCCGAGGCACCAAGAAGGACCUGGGGCUGCCGUCUACCAACUACUACAUUUAUUUUGACACAGACUUGGACACGGCAAUGGAGCACUACCUCUCUCUGCCUGCGGACAAGGCUGUGGAGCACAUGCCCGUUCUCUUCAUUGCUUUCCCGUCGGCCAAGGACCCGACGUGGGAGGACCGGUUUUCAGGCCGCUCCACAGGGGUCGUGCUGGUGCCCACCUCCUAUGAGUGGUUCGAGGAGUGGCGGGACGAGCCCCAGGGAAAGAGGAGCAGCGGCUACGAGACCCUCAAGAGCUCCUUUGUUGAAGCCGCUCUGUCGGUCAUCCUGAAGCUGUUCCCACAGCUGGAGGGGAAGGUGGACAGUGUGACUGGAGGGUCUCCGUUGACCAGUCAGUUCUACCUGGCAGCUCCCCGGGGGGCCUGCUACGGGGCUGACCAUGACCUGGGCCGCCUGCAUCCUGGUGCGCUGGCCUCCAUGAGGGCCCAGAGCCCCAUCCCCAACCUCUACCUGACAGGCCAGGAUGUCUUCACCUGUGGGUUGAUGGGAGCCCUGCAAGGGGCGCUGCUGUGCAGCAGCGCCAUCCUGAAGCGGAACCUGUACUCAGACCUUCAGAAGCUUGGCGCAAGGGUCCAGGCACAGAAGAAGAAGAAUUAGUUUGGUCAGGGAUGAGUCAGAGGAAAUUUGGCCAGUGCUCUGGCACAGCCCCUGACUUACCCAUGUCUUUCUGCAUUAGCUCCUCGAUCACGUAAAGCACUGUUGUUUUCGAUUUCUGAAUAAGAGGUCCGACACACAAGUGUAGCAUAGAUGGUGCCUUUUUUUUUUUUUUUGGCUGUGCUGCACGGCAUGUGGGAUCUUACCCCGACCAGGGAUUGAAGUCCUGCCCUCUGCAAUGGGAGUGCAGUCUUAACCACUGGACCAUCAGGGAAGUCCCUAGAUGGUUGUUCUUAAACUGAAGCUCUUCCAGCCAGGCAGGUGGUGAUCUUCCAUACCUUUUACAACAUGCUGUCUCUACGAAAGGCCCAGCGUGGGCUACUGACUUGGGGGACUUUAAUGGUUCAUCAAGCAGCGCUCUGCAUCCCACACCCACACCUCCUAACUCUGAGCCAUCAAACCAAAUAUUCUUUUGUCAGGUGGCUAGAACCCUUGAGAGUGUUGGUUGGCUGAAGCAGGGUGGUCCCAUUGGCCCGAGGCUUCUCCUCCCAUUCCCCCUUAGUGCCUCUCCGCGGGAGUUCUACGCAGUGGAGAGAGGGUGCCUGAUGAGCAUGGUUUGGGUUGUAGUUCCAUAGGUUCAGAGGCUCCAGAUCCCAUUUUUCUGGUUCCACUGGCUUUCAGCGGGUGGGGAAACGCCUGUGAUAGGGUCCAUGUGGACGUGGGGGCAGGGAGCUGACAGGACGCAUUAGUUAGCGAGGUGUAUGUUACAGAACAUCCAGUGCGCAUGCAGCCAGGGCCUCGGCUCGUCUUCCUUAUGAUCGGGGUUAAAUUGGGUUUUCACCAUGCCAGCACCAAGAUACCCUCCCAGACCUCAGGGCCUGAGCCUCAAGACUUAGCUUCCUAAAAUACACAGCGAGACCGGGGCGUUCGCAGUCAGGGCAGAGGCCUGGAAAGACAACUUCACUGGGGUUGAUGCAGGUGGAGAGCGCUUUCAAGCCAAGGGUACAGCAAAGGACAAGCCGAGAGGUAACGAGUGUAUUAUGACAAGCCCAGCUACUCCCAACCUAGGACAAGGGCUGCCUGGUGAGGAGGAGGAGCGAGGUUGGCAGUCAGUCAAUCAGAACAUGGAAAAUUACAGAACGUGUGCAAAGCCUGGGAAUGCGUUUCCAGUGUAUUGGUACUUACAUGGGGAUCGGGUGGGAAGGUGAGUGAAGGCUAAAGGUUAAAAAAAAAUGACCUCCCACUUACAUUAGGCCUUAUUUUAAUCAAUUUCAAUACAGUACUAUUAAAUUUAUUAAGGGGGAUUAAGAGGUACAAUAUAAUCAAUAAUACUGAAAUAACUGUAUGGUGACAGAUGGUUACUAGACUUACUGUGAUCAAUUUGUAAUGUAUACAAAUGUCGAAUCACUAUGUUGUAUACCUGAAACUAAUAUAAUGUUGUAUAUCGACUAUGCUUUUUUAA